AAGGUAUUGUCGAUCUAUUGGUUUAUUAUGGAUAUCCGCUGCCAAACGGUUCCGAUUAUAUGUCUCUUCUGAUGGCAGCGAUGGUUGAGGCGCUUCUCUUCACUUUCCAUCUUCACGGAAGGACACCAAUUGACGUUCACGUCCACACUCUCCUCAUUGUGUCAGUCAUUGCAUCAGUUGUUUCGGUCGCUAUUGAAUGCAAAUAUAGGGAUCACAUGUUAUCCGCAUUUUCCCGAGCGUUAUGUGCACUCAUUCAGGGAUUUUGGUUUUGUUCGGUUGGGUUUAUAUUAUAUCCUCCGUUCUCAAGCGGUCCGCCAGAAGAAAGUCACUCAAAACAAAUGCUUUUAACCACACAACAAAAAAAAUUGUUGAGUAAAAGCGAGGGCAUUUAUUGGAGCAAACAAUUAGAAAGUGUCACUCCUUUCGGCUUCUCUGCCAUCGAUGACAAUCGCUUCGCGCAACUCAUCAACACUUCAGAUGUGAUCGAAAUGGUCGACGGAUGCGGUCGUCAACAGAACCGUCUCAUAACACUCAGUGCCGGACAAAAGUCGUGCGUCCGAUACCGGCCUAACGUCGACCAAAUACAGGGAGAAAUAUUCAGUUUCUAUUUGGCCCGAGUGUUGGGCAUCUCUAACGUGGCGCCGACCACCGCCGACGUGGUCUCCGCACCCAAAGCACAUCCAUUGGAUACUCAAUGGAAACGUGUGUCCAAACAGAUUCAGUCGUCCCGUUGGGCCGACGCUAAACCCAUUGUAUUGACUCAAUAUGUGAGUGAUUUAGUGCCCGCAUAUAUACCUCACCAGUUGUCCAGCGCUAACAGACGCUUACAUCCUGUGGCCGAAGAUAUCGGCGCCUUAAAUGUGACACAACUGACAGAACUGGUCCAGUGGUCGGAUCUCAUAGUGUUUGACUAUUUGACGGCUAAUUUGGACCGAUUUGUGAAUAAUAUGGUGAAUGAGAAGUGGAACCGAGAAAUGAUGACAAAUCCGGUCCACAAUCUUCUCAAAGUGAGAAGCAGUGGAUUAUUGGUAUUCAUAGACAAUGAAUCCGGUCUUUUGCACGGCUAUCGUCUCCUCGACAAGUAUGAGCGCCAGCACUGGUCAGUGUUGAGGGCGUUGUGUAUAUUUCGCGAGACAACCGCCAAACGUCAAAACGUUUUGGACGAGAAGGCCUACCGAUCCCUUCCCUUCCUUCCCACCCAUAACUGGCAAAUACUUUACGAUAGAAUAGAUAGACCA